AUGUUUUCUAUGACCAAGUUCAUUCUGGCGACCGCGAUCACUGUGGCCGCGGUGGCCUUCCCUGGGGCUGCGAUGGAGUUCGCUAUGGCUGAAACGACAACAAUGACCGCCGCACCUAUCUCUGUCAACCGUGGUGUGAACAUGGCCCCAGUGGCACUGGUCCUCGGCGUGUCGAUGGUGGUGGCGCUGAUCUACGCUUUGUGGAAGGUCCUCCCAAAGACCCGCAGUGGAGAGCUCUCGUCCUCGAAGAUUCAUUUUGACUGGCGUGCGGAGUUGCUGAACCAGACGCCCAAGAAGGUGCGCGGUGAGAAGGAGGUCUCGGAUGCUGACAUGGUGUAG